CCAAACAGGCUACCAUACAACCUUCGCUGUUGUUGAUGGUGUGUUAGCUUACGAGUGUGUAGCGUGGUCGCGGGGUAUUAAAUCAACAUUAAAUAAUUAGAAUAUAAAUAUUUAAACUAUUAACAAACAUGUCAGACAAAGGAGACGUUGAUUUAACUGGUGCAAAACAGAACACGGGCGUAUGGUUGGUCAAAGUCCCAAAGUAUUUGUCACAGCAAUGGGCCAAAGCCACAGGGAGAGGAGAAGUUGGAAAGCUCCGAAUAUGCAAGAAUCAAGGCAAAGCAGAGGUGUCUUUCACACUCAAUGAGGAGCUGACCACCUUAGACACCGUUGGGCAGAAAUCCUCCAUGGUACGAGCCCCCAGAGAACAUCCAUUCACUCUGCAGACGGUCGGUGGACAGACUCUGGCUGUUUUCACUGAGAACUCUUCAGGGCAGUCAGAUGCCGAGACCGGUGGCUCAGGUACAGGCCCAGAUAAAAUUGCACUGGAAGGAAUGGUGGUGCAGAGAGCUGAAUGCAGACCGGCCGUCAGUGAAAACUACAUGAGGCUGAAGAAACUGCAGAUCGAGGAGUUAUCUAAACCCCUCAGGUUCUCUCAACAGCUCGACAAAGCAGUUACCACCAACUACAAACCUGUGGCUAAUCACGCCUAUAAUCUGGAUUAUGAAAAGAAGAAGAAAGAAGAAGGGAAGAGGGCACGAGCAGAUAAACAGCAGGUGCUGGACAUGCUGUUCUCUGCUUUUGAGAAGCACCAGUAUUAUAACAUUAAGGAUCUGGUGGACAUCACAAAACAGCCUGUGAUUUACCUGAAGGAGAUUCUUCGAGACAUUGGCAUAUACAAUGUCAAAGGCACCCACAAGAACACCUGGGAGCUCAAACCGGAGUACCGACACUACCAGAAUGAAGAGAAGAGCGAUUGAUCAUUUUCAAAGCCUGUUACCUUUGGACCCAAACAGCCAACUUCCCCAAUAAGUUCAAAAUGUUUCUGGAUAAUAUAUUCAAUGAUGAUUCAGUUGUGUUUAGAGGUGUAUCAGAACACUAUGUGGCAUUUUACAAUGCUUAACAGUUGCAUUAUGCAUAUAGUGAUAGACGUCUUCAAAUCUUAAGUCAUCUGACAUGAAAAGAACUUAUCUCCUCAUCUUAAUGUUGUGUGAUGUUGGUUUUUUUUUUUUUUUCUUU